GACCGUGAACCGUGGAGUCCGGAUCUGACACGGAUAGCCUUGGUAUCGACUUGAAGUCUGGGUGGCCAACAAACUGGCAGGACUAGAAAACGCGCAUUUUAAAAUAAAUACAUAUUUUACUGACUGAAGUUUAUUUUAAUAGAAUCUGCAUCCACAUCAACAACCAUGGAGAACCGGUUUUUUAAUAUCCUGUGUUUGCUGGCGGUUCUGGAGUCGUGCUGGGGUCACUUUGUAUCUGAGGGUCUGGAAAGAGCCGUGCGUCAAGGUGUCGAAGCCUCCAUGGCCGCAGAGCAGCGCGUCUUUGCGCAAGAAAGCGCGAACCGGGACAUGGUCACCAUCAGUAUGUUCAAAGUGUACGAGAAGUACAAUAAAGAGCCGCAGAGCCAGAAGGAAGGAAACACCGUGAGAAGUUUUAAAGCUGUCCCGAGAGUCUCACAGGGCAGAGAUGUGUUCCAGUUCAACCUGUCUUCAAUCCAAAACUCCGAGCUCAUCCUCUCCGCCUCUUUUCACUUUCUCUACAAGAGGCCCCGCCACCACCAGAGACCGUCGUGGCGUUUCCGAAAGCCUCGCCACCCGUCCAGUGGCCUCCCGCAUCCUGAUCCUCCUCCUCCUUCACAGCUCCUUUUCUAUGGGUCGUCCCUAAACUCGGCUUUUCCAACGCCUCUGGGAAACCUAACUCUGUCUCCUUUCAAAAAAAGCUCUUGGCAAACACAGGAUGUAACUGCGGUACUGAAACAUGCCAGAGAUGUCAAAGAGCUUGUGGUCAUGGUGGAGUUUGAUAUGGGAUUUGGGGCCAUUCGGAUGCAGCAGAGGAGCCCUCAUGGCCAAGAACGCCUCUCAUCAGCCAACCUGCCGUAUAUCUUGGUAUACGCCGACGAUCGAGCUAUAGAUGAACCAAACAGUGUGGCCAUGUCACUUCAGAGGUACGGGCCUUUUCCCACAGGGGAUGACUUGUCCAGCUCAGCCUCAGCCUCGAGGAUUCGGAGGGAGCUUCAUCUACAGAUACAAACCAACAACAUCCCGGAGGUCCACUUCAAUAACCUGAAGAACCACGAACUGUGGCAGAACACAUAUUUCCCAGCUAAAGCAAAAACAGUGGUCAAAACUGGAAGGAAGCAGGGCCUGGUGAGCAGCGAGGGCCUGAGCAAGCCACAAGUGCUGAGCUUUGAUGAGAGGACAAUGAAGAAGGCCAGGAGGAGACAGUGGAGUGAGCCCAGGGUUUGCUCCAGGCGCUACCUCAGGGUAGACUUUGCUGACAUCGGUUGGAGCGAGUGGGUGUUGGCGCCAAAGUCGUUCGAUGCCUACUACUGUGCCGGGACCUGUGGAUUCCCCAUACCUAAAGUGGCACGUCCCUCCAAUCACGCUACGAUCCAGAGCAUUGUCAGAGCCGUGGGAAUUGUCCCUGGUGUGCCUGAACCGUGUUGUGUUCCAGACAAGAUGAGCCCCCUCAGCGUCCUUUACCUGGACCCAAGCAGGAACAUGGUGCUGAAGGUUUACCCUAACAUGUCUGUGGAUACAUGUGCCUGCCGGUAGGGCUGGAGCCGCGUGAGCUGCCGGAAACUGUGAUCAAUGAAGAUGGGAGACAGUGAGGACAGUGAAACUGUAGGCUCCACGUGUAACGGGAAGGCACGUCAGAUGGAAGAACACUUGUGGGGAGAAACGGUGAGGACGACUGAUACGUACCAUUUUCUUCUUGUUCUCGGCCUCGAUUGGGCUCUGCCAAGCUCGGACAUUUCCUUGAGUUUUCUCUGCUCGUCUAACAGCGCUCACAGAUGCCUUUUGCCCAAGUUCAUUGUUGUGAAAAUACUUAGGUGCCCUUAAAAAAACCUGUUUGUUUUUCUUUUAGUCAACAAUCUCCUCCAGGUAGAUCAAGCUCCCGCUGAUCCUUAAAAAGAUUUUCUCGUUUGGAGCGGUUUAUAAAGUUUUGAUUUUGAGACGGAUGUUGUUUUGAGUGCCAUCAGCUUGGACUCAGACUUAACUGGACCCGGUUUUUGGAAUCUCCUCAAACUCCUCAAAAGAGGUCAAAAUAAACUAAUAAAGUCUUCUGAAUUUUCAUCAAACUGAUAAAGGAGAACUUUGGACGCAGAUGCUACACGGCAGCAUAUUCAUAUUCUCAGUUACCCGACUUUUGUCAUGAAAAUAUUGUAGUUACAAAUGCAAGCUAAGUAGUACUUAGUGACGUGACACAUUUAACUCGUUAUCACGCAUGAGAUGUCAUAUCUUCUUCAAACUAUAUUUCAGUAACUAUUUGUUUAUAACUUGUAUAUAAUGAGUGUAUUUUGUCACCCAGUGAGUGUUACAGCAUUAGAAGCAGGGUGAAGCACAUCCUCUGGCUGAUGCAGACCAGGGUUCAAUACAAAAACGGUGCGUUGCUGCCACCUGCUGUGCAUUUUGUUCAGUGUAAAGGAUGUCAAAAAAUUGGACAUGUACAUGGCAUGUACAGUUUUUAAUAUGUACAGUAAUGACAGUAGAGUUACACAGUAACUAAAGGAGAUUUUGCUAAACUGUAAUCAAAUACUAAUGUGAUGUGUUGAUGUGUGCUUUAAUAGGGCGUAGAGUCAAUGUAUGCUUGUUAUGGAAAUAAACUGAAUUGUACAUACAGCCAAAAACACUUGUUGACUUGGGUUUUAUAAGAAUGGCAUGUUAGUGUUUUUUUGUUGACUAAUGCAAGUCUAAAGGAUCUGCUCUUAAGUUUGACCAGAAUUAUGAUUAUGUUUGUUUGUGUUUGGUGUUUGGGCAUAAACCCCUCUAUCGGUGAUAACCACAACCUCAGCCCCCAAAAGUUUUUUUAUUUUAUUUUAUUUAUGUUUUGUCCCCUGAUUGCCAAAAUUUGGUAGAACAACUGAAAAACAUAAUCAUAUUCUGAUAGCACAGGGUUCGCUACAGUCAGGGUCAUCACCUAUGAUUAGUGUAACAUAUGAUCAGACGCUUAAGAGUAGGUGUCCUGUGACAGGAGUCACUCGUAUGAAGCUACAGAGAAUUAAAAAGACGGAUUUAGAUGAGCUCAUAAUAUUAUAACUAGUUGGACAUUUAAAAAGCUUUGUGAAUUGUGCUGUUUCAGAUUGAUUUCAUACCUGAAGAGAAAAAUGUGUCACGCUGUAUACUUAUGAAUUUCUGAACUUGAAAACAAAGCUUGGCCUAACGGCACGCUGUCAGUAUAAUCACACACAUGGCCAAGCCCUCAGCAUCCUAAACCUGUCUGUUUUCUUUUUAUUAUUUCAAUCAAGUGCUCAGAGGACUGCACUUUAGAUCAUAUUAAAGUUUUCCUGCUAUGUU